AUGUCCACUAACAGACUAUUAAAUACAUUGUAUAAUGAAUACAAUGAUAUUCUCGAUACUGAUUUAUGUAAUUAUAUUGAAGAUGAACUUCUUGACAACAAAGGAUCAUUAAAAAAGAACUUCGUUCUCAUUCAAAAUAUUGCAGAUCAAUUUAUACAAUUUGGCAAAUUAGUUCGAUUCUGUAAGCUUGCUAUUCGAAAUGAUCCCUUGUUAAUCUUCAAAGCUGAUGACUUCACAACAAUCAAACAAGACAUGCUCCUUGAUGUUCUGAAGAAAACCAAGGAUUCUGAAAGACCUAUUAAAGUUUGGGACAGAUUAAUGGAAUGGAGCAUUGCACAAUCUGACGAUAGAUUACCGACCGAUAUUAAAAAGUGGACAAAUAAUGAAAUAUUGAUAUUUAAGGAACCACUUAAGAAUAUUUUUGACGUGGAUUUUUAUAUUCAAAUAAUUGAAUAUUAUUCUUUUAAUGCAAGCCAAAAAAGGACCUGA